AUGGCCGAGCGAGUCCAGCAGCCUCCAGCCAAGCGGCUCUGCUGCCGGCCCGGCUACAACCCGGCGUGUAGGCAGCGGGCUGGAGGAGUCCUGUGUGGCGGCGGCGGCGGUUCGGGCUCCGCCGCGGGGCAGAGCGGCAAAGCGCAGAACCCGGAGUCGUUGCUCGACAUCGCGGCUCGCCGAGUGGCCGAGAAGUGGCCCUUCCAACGGGUGGAGGAGCGCUUCGAGCGGAUUCCGGAGCCCGUCCAGCGUCGGAUCGUAUACUGGUCGUUCCCGAGGAGCGAAAAGGAGAUCUGCAUGUACUCGUCGUUCAACGCCGGGACCGAGGAGAGUGGAACUAGCGGGGACAAUAACGACGAGACCCAGCUGCCGUUCCUCCGAGGUGUCACUCUGCUUGAGGGAGGCUGGGUGGACAACGUCCUGCAAGUCGGUUUCCAUCUGAGCGGCACAGUAAAAGAUCCCGCCACAUCAUCCUCCCCGGAGCUCAUCUGCAGCGUCAGUGUCAGCUUUGACCGUUGCAAGAUCACCGCUGUUACGUGCACUUGCGGCAACAAGGACAUCUUCUAUUGCGCUCACGUGGUGGCGCUGUCGCUUUAUCGGGUCCGUAAGCCCGAGCAGGUCAAACUGCACUUGCCCAUCUCGGAAACAUUGUUUCAGAUGAGUCGUGACCAGCUGCAGAAAUUCGUCCAAUAUCUCAUUUCGGUCCACCACACCGAGGUCUUGCCCACCGCACAGAAACUGGCUGAUGAGGUCCUGUCGCAGAACUCCGAGAUCAACCAGGUCCAUGGGGCACCCGACCCCACAGCGGGGGCCAGUGUGGACGAUGAAAACUGUUGGCAUCUGGACGAGGAGCAAGUUCAGAAACAAGUCAAACUCUUCCUGUCCCAGGGUGGAUACCACGGCUCGGGCAAACAGCUCAACCUGCUCUUCAGCAAGGUCCGUGAAAUGCUGAAGAUGCGUGACUCCAACGGAGCAAGGAUGUUAACACUGAUCACAGAGCAGUUCAUGGCCGACCCUCGGCUGGCGCUGUGGAGACAACAAGGCACCACCAUGACAGACAAGUACAGACAGCUCUGGGACGAACUGGGCGCCCUGUGGAUGUGCAUUGUACUUAAUCCGCACUGCAAGGCGGAGCAGAAGUCAUCGUGGCUGCAGCAGCUGCGCAGUUGGAACAGCGUGGACGUGUGCCCCUGGGAAGAUGGAAACCACGGCAAUGAGCUGCCCAACCUUACCCACUCGCUGCCUCAGGGUGCCCACGGCAACCAAGCCCUAAUGCGGCCCCACAGGACUGUGUUCAUGCGAGCCAUUGAGGCCUGCGACCUGCACUGGCAGGACCGCCAUCUGCAGCACAUCAUCGCCAGUGACCUCUAUGCCAACUACUGUUACCACGAUAACCAAGAGGGCUCCCUUUUUGACGCACGUGGCUGGCCUUUGUGGCACGGUCCGUGGCUAAUAUGGAAACACGGGAGGUACAGCAGACAACAUGUCCCAACAGCCUGCGCUAGGGUGGAUGCUCUGCGUUCCCACGGUUACCCAAGAGAAGCACUCCGACUGGCCAUUGCCGUGGUCAACACGUUACGACGGCAACAGCAGCGGCAACUUGAGCACUUCCGCCGGCACAAGAAAGAGUUGCUCCACAAAGGCCACACUUCCAUUACCAAUAUGGAAGGCUGGGUGGGACACCCUCUGGAUCCCAUAGGCACCCUCUUCAGCACCCUGACAGAGUCUGGACGGGUGGGAGAGGAGGGAUCCAAUACCUGCUUGGACCUCUCAGACUGUUCCAGCGUGGUGUCUCGGGCGGACCUCCAGCGAAUGCCCGUGCAGAGAUUGCUGGGCGACGGCGAGUCAUACGUGGCUCUGGCAGUAGAGACAGCGCUGAUGGGCCUGGGCCAGCAACGCGUGAUGCCAGACGGCCUGUACGCUCAGGAGAAGGUGUGCCGCAAUGAGGAGCAGCUGCUGGCCAAACUUCAGGAAGUGGAAGUGGAUGAUUCGCUGGUCAAGAUCUUUCGAAAGGAGGCUGUCUUUCUGAUUGAAGCCGGUCCGUACUCUGGCCUAGGGGAGAUCGUCCAUCGAGAAAGCGUCCCCAUGCACACCUUUGCACGCUAUCUCUUCACCUCCCUUCUACCUCAUGACGCUGAUUUGGCGUACAAAAUUGCACUGAGAGCCAUACGGUUGCCCGUGUUGGAGUCGACGGCCUCGUCUGGCGACCUGUCCAGGCCUCACCAUAUUGUGUCGGUGGUGCCUAACCGCUACCCGCGCUGGUUCACCCUCAGCCACAUCGAAUCUCAGCAGUGUGAGCUGGCCUCCACCAUGCUCACCGCAGCCAAAGGUGACAGUCGGAGGCUGGAGACUGUUCUGGAGUCUAUCCAGAAAAACAUUCAUUCCUCGUCUCACAUCUUCAAGUUGGCGCAAGACGCAUUCAAGAUCGCCACUUUGAUGGACAGCCUGCCUGACAUCACGCUGCUAAAAGUUGCCCUGGAGCUGGGACUGCAAGUGAUGAGAAUAACACUGUCCACCUUAAAUUGGAGGCGGCGAGAAAUGGUGCGCUGGUUAGUCACUUGUGCCACGGAAGUUGGCGUGUACGCACUGGACAGCAUCAUGCAGAGCUGGUUCACCCUCUUCACCCCCACUGAGGCCACCAGCAUCGUGGCCACCACAGUCAUGUCCAACAGCACCAUUGUGCGCCUACACCUGGACUGCCACCAGCAGGAGAACCUGGCGUCGUCGGCGCGCACCCUGGCCCUGCAGUGCGCCAUGAAGGACCCCCAGAACUGCGCCCUGUCGGCUCUGACGCUCUGCGAAAAGGACCACAUUGCCUUCGAGACAGCCUACCAGAUUGUACUGGACGCCGCCACCACGGGGAUGAGCUACACGCAGCUGUUCACCAUCGCGCGCUACAUGGAGCACCGCGGCUAUCCCAUGCGUGCAUACAAGCUGGCCACGCUGGCCAUGGCGCAUCUGAACCUUAGCUACAACCAGGACACGCACCCGGCCAUCAAUGACGUGCUGUGGGCCUGCGCGCUCAGCCAGUCGCUGGGCAAGAACGAACUGGCCGCCGUCAUCCCGUUGGUGGUAAAGAGCGUCAAGUGCGCCACGGUGCUCUCGGACAUUUUGCGUCGCUGCACGCUGACCACGCCGGGCAUGGUGUCGGCGCUGCACAGCCGGCGGAACUCUGGCAAGCUCAUGUCCCUGGACAAGGCGCCGCUCAGGCAGCUGCUGGACGCCACCAUCGGAGCCUACAUCAACACCACGCACUCGCGCCUCACGCACAUCAGCCCGCGACACUAUAGCGAGUUCAUCGAGUUCCUGGGCAAGGCGCGCGAGACCUUCAUGAUGGCGCAUGACGGACACAUCCAGUUCACGCAGUUCAUAGACAACCUGAAACAGAUCUACAAGGGCAAAAAGAAACUCAUGAUGCUGGUGAGGGAGCGCUUCGGCUGA